AUGGACGAUGGGAGCACGCUAAAUGCGGCCAAAGCUCACCCAACUAUUCCUCCAACUCUGACCGCAACAACGACGGCGACCGCAAGCUCCAGGAUGCCUAUGUUGCUGCCCCCGAGCCCAUCGCACCGGGUGCACUUCGAGACGACGUGUGUGGUCAUCCCAGAGGUAGAGGAGCAGUCUCUCCUCCAUCUUGAAAAGCGCUCCCUGGUCCUGCCCUCCUGGCGCAGACAACGCGCAGACGACGAGACUCCACCGGCCGUCAUCACCGUCAAAGUCCCAAGCAUCAGCCGCAAACACCGUAGGCUGCACAGUGCUGAGCGGACAGCCCCUCUCCAGCCCUGUCUCCGACACUCGCAUUCGGUUUCAUGUUCAACUUCAGACCGCGACACCUCGCAUCCGCCCCCCUCUCCGAGCGCAUCGAAUUCCCACAAGCCGUCGACCACUCGUCGAGGUUCUCUCAACGCAAUGCCUGUCGAUCGCAUCCCACUCCGCGAAUGCUGCACCGCGUGCAUCGAUUCCGUCCAAAAGGGCCUUGAAAAGGACUACCACGAGCAUUGGUCAAAGGGCGCACAACGUCGUCGAAGAAUGUCAGAAUCGGAACUUGCCAUGCCUUCAACAUCGACCCCGUGCAGUUCGGCAUUUUUGAAAACCCCUGUAAAGGUCGACGAAAUAGAAACCCGGAAAUCAAAACGACAUCCCAACGCACCUGCUCGCCUGCCUCCGGCAAUGCUCGAGCACCUCUGCGCAGACGACGACGAGUCGAUGCUCUUUCCACUCCCUAGUCCUCGACGUACCCCUUCCGAAACCCCAAAGGUGGCAACUCCAUCCGGUACGCCACCCAAGGAUGGCCUCUCACCAUCCCCACGUCGCGCGCCGUCGCCAAACUCGGUCGCACAUGCGCUGUCAAUGGCUAGGCUGGAUGACACUUCAAAUACAAAACCACUCCCUCGGCUCCCGUCCACACCACCUCGGACCGGGAGAGAGCUGUUGGCUCAGUAUCCUGACGUCGACGUGCUCCCAUCACGAAGAAUCGCUUCGGAAAGCGCGACAGACACGCUCCCGUCACGACGUCCGACCCACGCUCUCUUUCGCACAGUAACCCCGACCUUGCGCGGAAUCUGGUGA